AUGUCUUCCGCCAUCGUCCCCCACGCCGACGCCCUUUCAGACAUAUACCCCCCCUCCGCCCUUGCGACCCAAGGCCCACGAUGGAACGCCCUGGUGUCCAAGUUCACGAGUGAAUUCGGCCGCGCGCCGACCUUCAUCUCCCGGUCGCCCGGCCGCGUCAACAUCAUAGGCGAGCACAUAGACUACUCCCUGUACGCCUGUCUUCCCAUGGCCAUAACCGCCGACGCCCUGCUCGCCGUGUCCGCCUCGGCCGCGGCGUCCCCCGACGGUUUUCGCGUGCGUAUCCGUAACGUUCAGGGCGACAAGUUCCCCCCCAACGAGUUCACCGUCCCCUUCGGCGGCGACGUCGACAUCGACUCCACCAUCUUUGAGUGGACAAACUACUUCAAGAGCGGGUUGUUGGGUGCGCUGGGCCCGCUGCGACGCAGAAAGGGUGCCGGAUAUGAGCCCGUCGACAUGGACAUCGUCAUGGACGGGAAUGUGCCCGUCGGCGGUGGCCUGAGCUCCAGCGCCGCCUUCACCACAGCUAGUGCCCUCGCUGUCAUGGUGGCUAACGGUGAGACCGACAUCGAUAAGAAGGAGCUUACCGAGCUCGCCAUUGUCAGCGAGAGAGCGGUUGGUGUCAAUUCCGGGGGCCUCGACCAAGCAGCCUCAGUACUCUCGCAGCAAGGUUCAGCCCUGUUCGUAUCCUUCACGCCACGCCUCGAUGCCCGACCAGUCAAGUUCCCCCCGACGCGACCGGAGCUGUGCUUCUUGAUUGCCCAGUCGUUCGUGACGUCCAACAAGCGCGUGACGGGGCCGGUGCAGUACAACCUGCGCGUGGUGGAGUGCAGCUUUGCAGCGGCGUACCUGAACGCGGUGCUCUGCGGCGGCGGCGGCAACGCGGCGUCGCCGCUCGAGGCCGACGCCGGUCCCCUGGGCAUCUCCCUGCAGGGAUUCCACCAGGCGUACUUUGCGCGGCAGCGCGGGGCCGACACGGGUGCGCCGCGCUCGCUCCGGAAGGAAGACGAGCUGGAGCGACUCAUCGAGCUGACCGAGUCGACGCUCACUCAGGAGGACGGCUACACCAUGGAAGAGGUGGCGUCGAAGCUGGGCACGACGACGACGGAGCUGGAGAAGCGCUUCACGUCGCGGUGCCCCGUGCGCGCCGAGCGCUUCAAGCUCCGCCAGCGCGCGCUCCACGUCUUCUCCGAGGCCCUGCGCGUGCUGCGCUUCCUCUCGCUGCUCGAGAGCCCCCUGCACACCGGAGCCACAGACACCAGCGUCUUCGCCCACUCCCUCGGCGAUCUGAUGAACCAGACGCAGGACUCGUGCCGCGACCUGUACGAGUGCAGCUGUCCCGAGCUCGACGACAUAUGUCGCAUCGCGCGCGACGCCGGCGCGUACGGGAGCCGUCUCACCGGCGCAGGCUGGGGCGGCUGCUCCGUCCACCUCGUUCCUGCCGACCGGGUCGACGACGUCCAGAAGGCCCUGCAGCGCGACUACUACGCCAAGCGGGAGCUUACCGACGAGCAGAAGGGGCAGGCCAUCGUUGUCAGCAGACCGGGCAGUGGCAGUGCUAUCUAUACUGUCGGGAAGGACGUGUAG